AAGUGUACUGACAAAGAGGAACCUUCCACUUUACUCUGCUCUACAAAUGCAGAGUGGCAAAGACGGAAAAUUAAGGAUGAAAAAUCAGAAAGGGCAACCGAAAGUGACACUCGACAUGGACAUGAUUUAUCUUAUUUUGAUCUUUUACAUAGGCGGACUGUGGCAGACUGAAGCUGUGUCUCUCACUGGAGAGCUGGGGAAGGACGUCACAGUAACUUGCUCCCACACCAACGCGUUUUCCAAGAUCAAAUAUUUCUGCAAGGGUGCGUGCAACGAUGAAGACAUCUUGAUCAGCAGCAGUGUCGGGGGGAAAGAUGUACGAGGAAAAUACAGCAUUUCAGACGAAGGAAACUCGUUCCACGUGACCAUCUCUCACCUGACAGAGGAAGACUCAGGAACCUACUGGUGUGGAAUAAAAAGAUUUGGACCUGACACAUACACUAAAGUCAACCUCACUGUCAUAAAGGUAAAUGUAACACCCACCUUUCCCAAGGACAUCACAGUUGACAAACUCAACUUGCCAGCGUUCCUGACUGCAGUGACGUGCAUGGCAGCAAUGCCGUUUGUGUGUCUGUUUGCACUUUAUCUUUUGCUGACUGAUAAGUGCCAAAGAUCAAAUCCCCCAGUGAACAGAGAGACUUCCUCAGACACCAAGACAAUGAUGCACGGUGUGGUAGUGACUGGUCCUGAGCGGUGUGCGGUUCCACGUUGUCCUGAUCGCCGAUCUCUGACAGCGCCGCCUCCUGACCUCUGCUCACACUUCACGUCGCGUCAUCGAGAGUCUGUCGUCUCAUAUGUUAAUGUGGAGGCACCAGAUCACAUCUGCCAGUAUCAACACCUAGACCUCAGCCGCACAGAGGAUCAUGUGUAUCACGUGCUUCAAAGAAACCGUGUACAUGAACCUUUGGGAAUGAAAAAACAGAUUAACACUUGAUAUAUAAGUCCAUCAUUUCUAUCUAUCUACUUACUGACGUGGCUGGGUGAGGAAAUUGUUAUAGUUGAUAUGAGAAAGGUUAAUGAUUCACAAUCUUAAGCUAGACAACUCGAUAUUUCUUUUGUGUGAUUUAUUUUGUUGUAAAAUGUUGUACAGUGUUUUAUGAUAAAUCUCACCCAAAUAAACCAAGUGACAACA